UUUAUGCCUACUGUUCACUAGUCAGCUGCGCGGCUCUCUCUCUCUCUCUCUCUCUCUCUCUCUCUCCCUCUCUCUCUCUCCCUCUCUCUCCCUCUCACUCUCUCUCUCUCUCUCUCUCUCUCUCUCUCUCUCUCUAUCGCCGAGGCUCACGCGCGCGUUCCCUCUCUCCGCGGCUAUACACUAUCGCGGCUGCCAUAUGCUCGCGGCUCGGCGUUUACCUACACGUGCACGCUCCUUUUCUAGAUGCGCAUCGGCAAUCUCUCCUCUAAUCUCUGCUUACACCAUGGGUCCACCACUCCAUCUUACACCGUGGUCCAGGCCUUAUAACUAGUUCUGUACUCUAACCUCCCAGCUUUAUUUAUUUUAUUUAAUGUAAAUUUAAUGUAAUAUUUAAUGUAAUUAAAUGUAAUUAAAUCAAAAUCAAAAUGAGACAAAAUGUUGAAAUAAGAAACAAGAAACAAAAUAAAUAUAGACACAACAAAAAAAUGCUUUUCUUUGAUGAAGAAAAAAGGAAAGAUUUUCUUGGUGGAUUUCAUAAAAGAAAACUAUGGAGACGAAAAAAAGCUAAUGAAGAUAUGAAGGAAAAAUUAAAAAUAGAAAAAGGAAAAAUCAAACAAAAGGCUCAAGAAAGUUAUCAAAACUUACUUUCCCAUAGUUUACAUCCAAAAUUUAAAAUGGACUGUCAAAAAAAGGUUGAAGUGGAUGGUAAAAAAGUCAGUAUUUUGGAAAUAAAUAUCUCGAAUAUUGAAACGCAGCCUGUUUUUGUUGAUAAAAUAUUGCCCAAAAGGCACAACGUAGAAAUAACUCAGCAAACUGGAGUUAAAAAAUAUUAUAAUAGUAAAUCAAUAAAACAAUAAAGCAACUAACAGUCACAGAUAUAUAAAUAAUAAUGUUAAUAAAUUUUAACAA